AUGGGGUUUGGCUUUUCUAUCUUGGGAAAAUUCUUCAGAUUGGGUUUUGAACCAAUUGUCACGACCUUCAACACUCUAAUCAAUGGCUUCAUUCGUGAGCAUAAAGAGGUUGACGCAGCUGCACUUUUCAAUAAAAUGAUGGAGGGAGGUAUUUGCAAGCCGGAUGUGGUUACUUUCAACGUACUAGCAAGGGGCUAUUGCUUGAAGGGUAACAACACUGGAGCUAUCCAGUUGCUUAAGAAGAUGGAAGAAGGCGAUUACAGGCCUGACGUAGUUGUCUAUGACACGAUCAUCGACAGUCUUUGCAAGGAUACUCUAGUUGUUGAUGCACUAAACCUCUUCUCAGAAAUGACAAGUAAGGGCAUCGCUCCUAACGUCAUUACCUAUACCUCUUUGAUUCAUGGAUUUUGCAAAGAAGCAAGGAGCGUGGUUGAAAUGAUGACGCAAAGGGAUAUUGCACCUGAUACAAUUAUGUACAAUUCACUUAUAGAUGCAAAUGGGUAUUGUAAGCGUAAAAGGAUAGAUGAUGCCCGAAUGCUUUUUCUGGAAAUGUCUCAUAGGGGAGUGGUUCCAAAUACUAUUACUUAUAACACUCUUAUUGAUGGGUUUUGCAAGAUGGGAAGAAUACAAGAUGCACGUAACUUGUUCUCUCAAAUGCAAGCUUUAGGCCAACUUCCAAAUAUUCAAACUUAUUCUAUUUUACAGUUUGUCCAGAGCUGA